AGUUGCUCCUGAGAGAAGAAGAAAUUAAGCUGCAGCUUCCAUUCAGACAGCUCGAUUCAUCGUCUUCUUCUCCACGCGGUGCAGGAGCCGACAAGAAGAACUCUCAUCCAUAUAUAGUUGCCGCGUCUUCCAUGGACGUCGACGAGCUGUUCUUGGUAGUGACCAGUCAGGGACGGGACGGAGACCACGCCGGCGGGGUCGCAGCGAUGUCGGACAAGGAGUUCGCCGAGGAGCUCCAGCUCCAGGAGGUGAUCGUGUCGUCCGCCAUGGCGGCCAACGCCGCCACCGCGGGGUACUCGAUCACGGCGCUUCCUCCACCGCUUGAUAGCGCUGACGCGCCAGCAGCCGAUAUGGAGACCUUGUCGUCCGUUGAUCUCCUCCCCGCCGCCAAGUGUUCGUCGUCGUCCACCUCGUCCUCCGCCGAGUGCUCCUGCUCCUCGUCAUCCGUGCCGCCGCCGCCGCCGCCGCCGCCGCCGUCCGUCCCCGCCACGACGUCGUUCCUCUUCUGCAAGAUCUGCUUGGAAGACGUGCCGCCGUCGGACGCGCACCGCGGCAGCCACGGCUGCGCGCACGCCUUCUGCGCCGCGUGCCUCGCCGCCCACAUCGCCACCAAGCUGGCCGCCGCCUCCCCCACCUCCGGCGUCAACUGCCCGGAGGAAGGCUGCGCCAGCAUGCUCGACCCGGAGCUCUCGCGACACAUCAUCCCGGAGGACACCUUCGUCCGGUGGUGCGACGCGCUCUGCUGGGCCACGGUGCUCGGCUCCAGCCACGUGUACUGCCCCUUCCUGGACUGCGGGGAGGUCAUCGCCGACGAGCGCGGCGGCGGCGGGCACGUGCAGGAGACGGAGUGCCCGGCGUGCAGGCGGCAGUUCUGCGAGCGGUGCGGCGUGGCGUGGCACGGCGGCGUGAGCUGCGGCGAGUACGGGGAGCUGGCGGACGGGGACAGGGAGGAGGGGGACCUGGCGGCGGUGGAGGCGGCGAGGGCGAGCAGGUGGCGGCGGUGCCCGCGGUGCAGGUUCUUUGUGGAGAGGUACGACGGGUGCGUGCACAUCACCUGCAGGUGUGAGAUGCAGUUUUGCUACGGCUGUGGCCGCGAGUGGAAUUCCGCUGAUCACUCCUGCUGCCACGAACCUGCACCCUAAAAUAACGGGAGCGAGCUUCUCUAGCUUAAGUCAGAGUGACUGACACGUGGGCCCACCAUCAGCCACCCACAUGAGCUGCUCCCAAAAUACUGGACCGUCAGGAACAAGGGAUGCUUGCUUGUUAAGCCCACACGUCGGUGACCAUAACGCCACUGCUAUUAUAAUAAAGGACCAUUCUAUGCUGCGUGUAGUCAGUUAGUCUUACGGUCAAAACUGUUUUAAUUGUCGUUAUAUCACAUUAUCACUCAUGAUCAGCUGUUAUCUUAGCCACAUCUCAUGUGUUAAGAGUUUAAAUUAAUUCUAGCUUACAUGUUAGGCACAGAAAGGGGUCUGUUUCUUGAUCUCUUAAUGUUUAUCUACUUGUCUCUUUAAGUGUAUUUAGGGGUGAAAAUGUUUUUCAUGUGUACGAGUGAUACAUUUUUUUCAUGCGUGUAUUUGUUCGUGUAUUGAAAAAAAUGUUGUCUUGAUUGAUUAUACGUGCAAUGUGUCACACCAGUUUUGGCCGUUUGGAAUGUCAAGUUAGGGGGUGUUUAGAUGACAAAAAAAUUUACC